AUGCUCCGCGGCGACGACGUUAUCAUCGGAGCUGGGAGUGAACGCCGAGGAGCUCCGGGCGACGGCGGGCUGGAGAGCUCGUGGCUCGGGGCGGGGGAGCACCAGCUUGGCCGAGGGGACGCGCCCGUCGCAGCUUGCGUCGCCAUCGACGUGCGCAUCGGCGAGGACCUGACAACGGCCGCAACUAUGGUCCACGACUGGUCCAUCGGCGUCACGUCCGGCCACGUCACCCCUGCACCCGUGCCUCUCACCACAGGCAUGCCUGAGGGGAGGCGGCUCGCACUGGUCUUCUUCGCGUGCUCUGCCAGGCGCUUUUCCAUCGCCACCGCGGCGGUCCAUCUUGGCGUGGGACUUGACCCGCCGGAGGAGGAUAUGCGAGCAUUUCAUUGGUGCCGCCGGGGCACGGGCGACGCAGCCGAGCCCUGCCGCGCGGCGGCCGAGGAGGCGGCGAGAGCGGCAACAGCGAGGCUGGAGAGCUGGAACCAGGUCAUGACCGAAGCCACUUCUGACGCCGAUCGGCUCUGGAUCGUCGACGCUGCGGCCCCCACGAAGCUCGGCCUUGCGCAGCUCAUGGAUGACAAUGCCCUCCGAUCCUCCUCAUGGGGAGCCCAGGUCGUGGGCGCGCGAGCGCUUCAGGCCAAGGCGGGCAGCCUCCGCGCAGAGAUCCGGUACGGGUCGGGCAAGACGGAGUGUUGGAUGUCCAUCUUCACGGCCCUGGAGCUCCUCGGGGUGUCCAUGACGGUGGCCUUCCGCGCGCUGGACGCCACGGCUCUCCACUCAGACCCUCAGAGCAGCGGCGGCACUAGCGGCCAGGAUCGAGUCUACCGCGCCGAGGAACACGGCAUCCCGCGGUACGCGGCAUGGUCCCUCCAGAGGUUCGAGGAGCCCGCGCACGCUCCAGCCCGGACAGGUGGCGGGAUCAAGCGCGACUUCGACGAGGCUGAGCAGCAGGCCCUUUACACCCUUGGCAAGGACGGUAGCUUCGAGGAGUUUGCUGCCAAGCUUCGAGAGUUCGGAAAGAAGCCACGCCUGACCAGGGUCGUACCUUCCUUCUCGGUGUACCCCACCUGGCGGUGCGCCAAGGGGCGGGUGCAGGAGGUGGGAUCCGCCCGCGCCAGCAUUCCUGUGACGGCCACCAGGGGGCACUUUUGGCCCUGGAUGGCCGACGCGGCACAUCGCCCAGCGGCCAUCGCUGGCACGGGCAACGACUCUUCAGGAGACGCAGCCGAGGCGGCCUUGGGAGCCCCAGCCCCGGCGGGCGAGGAUGCGGGCGAAUCCCCCAUCCCGCAGAUCGGCGCCGCCGCGCCCCAGGAGGCGGCCCUUCGGGACGAGGGCGCGAGGGCGGCCGUGGCCGCGGCGGCAGAAGGUUCCGCGAACAGGCGGAGCACCAAAUUCCCUGGCAUGGCGAAGGCGCUUUCCAACGAGCAGCUGGUGUUGGUGAAGUGGCGCCUGGAGCACGGAGAGACGGCCCAAGGCCGCCCCUUCUACGACGACCCGAGCUUCGCCAAGUGGUGCGAGGCGGCGAAAGCCGCGAAGAGUCAGGCCAAGGCGGGGCAGGGGAUGCCAGAGUUCACCCCGGAGGCAGUGGCGGACAUGCACGCCGGCUUCGUGAACGCGCAGGACGGCGCCGAGGCGGAGCUCGAGGCUUGGGGCCGCUUCUGCAACAUGCUCGCCGAAACCGAGAAGAUCCGGGGCGCAAUCAACGCCCCGCUGCGCGACUCCGGCGAGCGCGCGGUGCACCGCGCCGCGGAGACGGGGAGGCUCCAGAACCUGGCGUGGUUGCUUCAGAACGGCGCGGACGUCAACGCCACCACGGCCCCUGCGUUCGAGCUGGCCGAGGACAGAGAUGCUGCUCCUGCAUUUCGAUACGAGCAUCGGUUAGGCCGGAUCCAAUUCAAGAAGAAAUGUGAUUGCUCUCCCCUUUCCUUCUUUCCUUGUCGAAUGCGCGUGUCUGAUCAAGGCCGCAGAUUACAAUCAUCGCCAUGGCCGCUGGCAUCCUCGAAGUCAGUGAGGUUGUGA